AUGUCAUGAAGUAUUCAUAGUUUAAAACGAUAACAUUUAUAACUUUGUCAUAGUUAUAAAUUUAAUUGUAAAAGGUUGUAAUAUGCACAUGUACAUCUUCACAACGUAUUUUUAAACAUAUUUUAAGUGAAAAAUAUACUUGAUACAGUGCCGUGCUGGUCGUUUUGAUUAAAGAUGGAGGAGGCUGGUAAUGAGAAGUUUCUGUCAAGGAGGCGUUCCGCAGCUCUUAAAGCUUUCAAAGUUAAAGACGAACGAGUAGCAACUUUUAAAAAGGUAGCUGCGAUUUUGCAAAAAUCUGAAAGUGACAGAACUGCAGAAGAAACAGGGAUACUCGUAUCUUGUAGUGAUGUAGUAAAGGAGGUUAAUUUAAGACAAGAGAAAAGGCACAGAGUAAAAGCAAGACUUGAAGAGGUAGAAGAUGCACCAGAAAUUUUAGAAGAAAAGUGUAUGAGGUUGGCUGCAGCUAUCAGCAGAGCUACAUCACUUGCUGUUUAUACUGGUGCUGGUAUCAGUACAGCUGCUUCUAUCCCUGAUUAUAGAGGAACAAAUGGUGUUUGGACUCGUUUACAACAAGGAAAAGAUAUCGGAAAUCAUGAUCUUAGUCAAGCAGAACCGACAUUGACACAUAUGGCUCUUUAUGCCUUAUAUAAAGCAAGGGUUUUAAAACAUGUAGUUUCUCAAAAUUGUGAUGGUCUUCAUUUGCGUAGUGGAAUACCUCGUACACUUCUAUCUGAAGUUCAUGGCAAUAUGUAUGUAGAAGUUUGUAGAAUGUGUAAACCAUAUAGAGAAUAUUGGAGAUUGUUCGAUGUUACUGAAAAAACAGCUCGAUAUUCUCAUGGUACUGGAAGAUUAUGCCAUAGAUGUAACUCUGGUUUGCAAGAUUCCAUUGUUCAUUUCGGUGAAAGAGGCAAUCUUCCUUGGCCAAUUAAUUGGAAUGGUGCAACAAGAGCAGCAAAACAAGCAGAUGUUAUAUUGUGUUUAGGUUCUAGCUUAAAAGUUCUGAAGAAAUAUCCAUGGUUGUGGCAGAUGGAUAGGCCAAUACACAAACGUCCGUCACUAUACAUUGUAAAUUUACAAUGGACACCAAAGGACGAAAAUGCAGUUUUGAAAAUAAAUGGAAAAUGCGACGAAGUUAUGAAAAGAAUUAUGGCUCAUCUUGGGUUGGAAAUACCACAGUAUAAUCGUGCCAAGGAUCCUAUUUUUUUCCACGCUGUACGACUUAGAAAUAAUGAACAGCACACAACAAGUCAACCUUGCUUGGAAGAGCCAUCCAAUAUUGUUCAUAAGGAACUAAAUCAAAUUAAUGACAAUUUUCACGAAGAUGUUUCAUCCGAAACCAAAGAAGAAGAAUGUGUUUCACCCAAAAAAGUAACCGAAUCAAUGUCUGCUUAUUCAGCGCCAUUUUUUACUGCAUUACCAUUUUUGUCUAUGGGCUUACCAUUUCCACCAAUGUAUAUGUGCCCUCAACUAACACCACUUUUUUAUUAUCCAUUCAUGCAAGUACCGAAUAUGACCUCAGACGUGCCAAAACCUAAACCUACGUGUAUUUUUUGCAUGGAAAACGAAGGCUCUCUUACUUGCCUUUAUUACCAACGAGACACAGAUAAUUCUAAUUUAAUAGGACCUGAAAGUAAGCAGAUAAAAGAUACAAAAACAUUGGUAAUCCAUGCAGAUCCCCCAAUAGCUGCUAAAAAUCCUGGGUGGUUUGGUAAAGGAUAUCGCAAAGGCAUGAAAAAGAAACGGUAGCAUUUACUCUUUCUCAUAUACGACCUUUCUUUCAUUUCUGUUAUAAUGUGAACGUAUAUACGACAUAUGAUAUAUGAUAAUGUAUGUAAAUGUUUGAUUUCUCCAUAUCAUGAUGAGAUCUGUAUACACAAUUUAGAUAUGUGUAGGAAUUUAAUCCCAGUACCCAAAAUUUUAGCGAUUAAUUAAAUUAAAGUAUUUAAAAUUAAAAAACUUAAAUCUCCAUACUCUGAAGUAUUCUAUUAUUCCUGUUUAGUAGUUGUGUGAUUAUUUAAUUUUAAAGUUUCAGUUACAGAAUCAAACAAUUAAUACAUAUUUAAAAACAUCUACAAAUAUCUAACGUGAAAAUUGUUAAUUUCAUUGUUAAGUGCUUAUUAUAAAAUUUGCUCGAUUUAAUGUUUUUACUAUUGUACAGGCUAAUUAUAUUGUGAUUUUUAGUUGUAAGAUUCGUAAAGUGUUAUGCAAAUCAUGAAAAGUUAUAGUGACCAAAGUGAUAUAUCUUUUAUUACAAUUUUUUACUUUGUAUUUGUACAGUUGAAUGUAACAUAAUUUAAAAAAAAAGAACAUAUGCAUAAGUAGUAUACAUGUAAGGCUUUUUGUAUCUUUUUAUAUUAAUUUACCAUUCCAGUUUUAUGAACUAAGAGUUAGAACAAAAUUAAUCCUAUGAAUAUUAAAGGACUGUUUGUAAUAAGUAUCGAAGUAUAUUAGCUCCUUUUUUUUUACUAAACGAUGCAAUAAACAAUACAACAUUUUAUAUAAAAAUAUAAACAUCCAUCUUUUAUUUAUUUAUUUAUUUUUUUAUAUAGCCAUCUUAAAAUGAAGCAGAUAUAAACAAGGUAUAUCUGAAAUUAUUUAUUAACUAUGAAAUCAAACGUAACGCGAUAUAUAAACAUGCGCGUGCCUAUACACACAGUGCAUUUUUUUAUAUCAUUAAAAAGUUAACUAUUUUGUAUUAUACAUAUAACUAUAUGGUGAUUUUUAAUAAUACAGACUACAUGUAAUGUAUGACAAACAUAAAAUUUUUUAAAAAUA